ACAUCAUUGCAAGUAAUGAAUGAUCUUGGCCUGCUAAAGCCAGUUUGCUUGUUUGAGCAAUUGUUUAACCAGAAACUUCGCCUUAAUGAUGUGCCUCUUGAUCAAUUUGCUGAUUUUUCUUGUUCAACCAAUGUCAUCAGUACCGCAGUUGGUUCAGCAAUGGUGUCAGUUGGCGCGACUCGUGUUCUCUGUGGAAUCAAGGCCAAAAACACGUGUCCCCGUUUCAUCUGCAAUGUGGACCACCUGGGCCUAGCCCAUCGAGGACUACGUGCUAAUGCGGCCCCUUCUAAGGAGGACCAAUCUCUUGCUGUUCAGCUUGAAUGGCUUCUGGGUUCUGUGGCCGUGCCCGAUGCCACAAAACAACUUCUCAUCUACCCAGAAGACAGUGAUUGUGCUGUUGCGACGUACCUGCUCCAUGUCGACGUGGCGAUCAUCUUCGACGAUGGCUGUCUCUUGGACGCCUGCUUAGCUGCCUGUUUAGCCGCUCUUGCAUCGGCCACAUGGCCACGACUAGUUGUCGCAUCGUCGGAUUCCCAAAUUGCCAGUUCUGCCGCUUCGUCUCUGAAAGUUCAGUUUAAAGAAAAGGAAGAAAGCGAAGUGGUAAAUGUCGUCAUUUCUGAGUGGCCAGUGGCUCUGUCUUUCGCCGUAGUUCCACGUCCACCGCCUAACGCCGCUCAUGAGCUCAUUUGCCAGCCGUCCCGCAGUGAAUCUCUCCUCUGGGACACCGAUGCCUCAACAUGCCACUUUGUACUGAACUCAGCUGGUGAGAUAAUCGACUUUUCAAUGAUUGGCGGGUUCGCCUCCUGUCUGUGGACUCUGCUGGAGGAAGCCUCAGCCGACAAAAGUUCUGACAUCAUCGAGGAAGCUGUUCAACGGGCGAUCAAGUACGCACCAAUUGUGAGAGAACAGUUGAAUCCAACGAAUCAUAGUAGAUAUCUGAUGACAGCCAAGCUCUACUCAGUUGUUCGUGGAAAGCACUCGCGCUUCCAUGUCCACAUCUCAAACACGUGCAUUUUGUGUUCUAAGGUAGUUAGCAUUAAGGAGUUUGGUGCGUUCGUCAGUAUCGAGGGCUCCGACAGGCAAGGGCUGCUUCAUAGAUCCUGCAUUUCUAAUCACCCGGUUGAUGAUGUGGCAGAGGUGCUGGAAGUUGGAGAGAGGAUCCUCGUCAAGAUAAUCAGUGAUAAGGAUGGUAAAUUGGGACUCAGCAUGAAGGUGGUGAAUCAAACUACCGGGGAGGAUAUGGAUCCAAACAAUCUUAUUAUUGCGCAGAUGGAAAAGCGACGGAAAGGCGAGGUACGUGGUCAAAGCCCUAUCCGCCUCGAAGCCGAGUUGAACACCGUCUGCAAACGAUGCGGGAUCAAGGGUAAAUCGUCGGAAUCGUUCAUAUAUGCAUUCACCUCCAUUCAAUUCUAA